AUGACAGGGUCGGUUGCUACACUCAAGGGCCACGUCUCCAACUUGACAGGGACCCUGUGCCGCAGGGAGCGCCUGCCAUUGUCCUCCCAGGGCCGGCCGCCGCCUCUACCCACGGCCACGAGCGGGGCACCGGGCUGCCGCUCCCUGCCGGCCCCGGGGCACCGUCCGCGCCCCCCGCCCCCGGCGACACCGGAGUAUCCCGACAGCACAGAGCCUAACGGGGACCCUGCUCGCCGCUCCAGGGCUUCUCUGCCCCGAGGCUCCGGCGGCUUCUGCCCAGGAACCGGCCCCGCGGCAGAGGCAGCGCCCGGCCGGGUGCGGGGCGAUCGUGGCCCCGGGGCCGCCUCCCCGCCCGGCGGCCACGUUCUCAGCGAGCGGCCCUGCAGCGCGGCGGCGGCCCUGGCCCUCGCCCGCCCAGCGGGGCAGCUGCCGCCCGCCGCCCGGCCCGGCCCGCCCUCCGCGCCCACGUCGGACCGGCCUCGCCAACCCACCUGCAGGCCGGCCCCGGCUCCGGCCCGGCCCCGGUCCCGGCCGGCUCCCCUCGGCUCCGCUCCCGGCGGCGGCGGAACCCCCGCCCGGCGGGCGCGCUCCCGCCCCACAGCGGCCCCUGCCGCCCUGGAGGAGCCGCGGCGGGAGGAGCGGGGCGGAGAGAGAUGGCCGGGAUGA